AUGGCCAUCGCAAUGGGCCAUGCCAUGGAACCUGGGCAGUACGAAGGCAUGAUCGCUAAAGCGCAAGGUGGGUCGGCGACCUCUGCAGCAGAGCUCCUCCAGUUUAUGAGAACACACAAAAUCCACCAGCCCGAGCUCGUUUUGCUCCACGGUGCUCGGCUCUUGAAGGGGAGCGUGCGAUCGCUGGGCAACGAAGUUUGGACCGUGAUGGAGCAGACGUUUCUCGCAGCUGCCGAGCUCGGUUGCGACCAAUGGCGGGACUACUGCCUGAAAGAGUUGACCAAGAAGUUUCCCUCUUCCUUGCGGGUAGAGCGUUUGAAAGGUAUUGAGAAGGAAAGCUUGGCAGACUGGAAGGAGGCCGAGAAGAUCUAUCAGAAGAUCCUGGCCGCUAAGCCUGAGGAUACUGUGACUCACAAGCGCCUCAUCGCUAUGUACAAGCAGAGCGGCAAAGUCCCUGAGGCCAUCGAGUCGAUCAACACUUACCUCGAGACCUUCAGCACGGACUCCGAGGUGUGGCAUGAGCUCGGCGAGCUCUAUGUCGAGUCCGGAAUGCUGCAGCGUGCAGUGUUCUGUUUCGAAGAGCUCAUUGUCCACAAUCCCCGGUCAAUGUACAACAUCCUGACAUAUGCAGAGCUGCUUUACUCCACCGGAGACCUCGAGACCAGCAGGAAGUAUUUCAGCUUAGCGGCAUAUCUUGACGGUGCAAAUCUUCGCGCCCUUUGGGGGCUGGUCGCAUGCAAUAUGGCGCUGAUGGAAAAGGACAAGACACGCGAGAAGUCCAAGCAGCUUCAGGAGCUGCAGAAGUUCACCGUGCAAAGGCUACGAGCAGCGUACAAAGACUUCGGCAACCACGGUAUGCAUGGCAAAGCUGCGCUGAACCUUCUGGCUGCCGCGGCGCCGGUUGCGAGUUGA